AUGGCAACUCUGGCAGCCGGACUGUCCAAGAAGCAGGCGGUGGCUAAAGGUCUUGGCUCCAUCAAGCAAACUGUGAAGUACUUGGGUCAGGACUUUGAGUCCCUGAGGCAACAGUGCCUGGACUCAGGGGUCCUGUUUAAAGACCCAGAGUUCCCAGCAUGUCCAUCAGCUUUGGGCUACAAAGACCUUGGACCGUGUUCCCCACAAACUGAAGGCAUUGUCUGGAAACGGCCUACGGAGCUGUGUCUAAGGCCUGAGUUCAUCAUUGGUGGAGCUACCCGAACAGACAUUUGUCAAGGUGGGCUAGGUGACUGCUGGCUUCUGGCAGCCAUUGCCUCACUGACCUUGAGUGAAGAGCUUCUGUACCGGGUGGUGCCCAAGGACCAGAGCUUCCAGAAGAACUACGCGGGGAUCUUUCACUUCCAGUUCUGGCAGUACGGCGAGUGGGUGGACGUCGUGGUGGACGACAGGCUGCCCACCAAGGAUGGGAAGCUGCUCUUCCUGCACUCUGAAGAAGGCAGAGAGUUCUGGAGUGCCCUGCUGGAGAAGGCCUAUGCCAAGCUCAAUGGCUCCUAUGAGGCCCUUGCUGGAGGCUCCACGGUGGAAGGGUUUGAAGAUUUCACAGGAGGCAUCUCUGAGUUUUACGACUUGCAGAAAGCACCAGCCAACCUGUACCAGAUCAUCCGGAGGGCCCUCCGUGCGGGGUCUUUGCUGGGCUGCUCCAUUGCCGUCUCCAGUGCAGCAGAAACAGAAGCUAUGACCAGCUGGAAGUUGGUAAAGAGUCAUGCAUACUCUGUCACAGGGGCUGAAGAGGUGGAUUUUCAUGGGCACCCAGAGAAGCUGAUCAGACUAAGGAAUCCAUGGGGCAAAGUGGAGUGGACAGGGGCCUGGAGCGAUGAUGCACCAGAGUGGAAUUACAUAGACCCCAGGCUGAAGGAGGAGCUGGACAAGAAAGCUGAAGAUGGGGAGUUUUGGAUGGCCUUUGAGGAUUUCUUGACUCAGUUCUCACGCCUGGAGAUCUGCAACUUGUCCCCAGACUCUUUGACCAGUGAGGAGGUGUCCAAGUGGCACAUGGCUCUGUUUAAUGGCUGCUGGACCCGGGGGUCCACUGCUGGGGGCUGCCAGAACUACCCAGCCACUUAUUGGACCAACCCUCAGUUCAAAAUCCUUUUGGAUGAGGUGGAUGACAGCAAUGAGGAGGACAGCAGUGAGCCCUCCUGCACCGUGCUGCUGGGCCUGAUGCAAAAGAAUCGUCGGCGACGGAGGAGGCUUGGGCAGGGACUGCUGAGCAUCGGCUACGCUGUCUACCAGGUUCCCAAAGAUCUGGAGAGCGGUGUGGACACACACCUGGACAGCGACUUCUUCCUCAGCCACCGGCCCUCAGCCUGUUCCAGCACCUAUGUCAACCUGCGCGAGGUCUCCGGCUGGGCCUGGCUGCCCCCGGGAGAGUACUUGGUGAUGCCCUUUACCUUAGAGCCCUUCCAGGACGGCGAGUUCUGCUUGCGGGUGUUCUCAAAGAAGAAGGCUGUGGCCCUGGAGACUGGAGAUGUCGUAGCAGGUGAGCCACAAGAGCCACAUCCCAGUGAGAUGGAGCAAGAAGAUGGUCAGUUCAAGAGCCUGUUUGAGAGACUAGCAGGGCAGGAUUCUGAGAUCAGUGCCAGCAAUCUCAAGGAGAUUCUGAACAGGGUCUUUCUUCAAUGGACAGACAUAAAGUUUGAUGGAUUUGAUAUCAACACCUGCAGGAACAUGAUCAGCCUGCUGGAUAAUAACGAGACGGGCACCUUGGGACUGGUGGAGUUUAAAAUGCUCUGGUUGAAGAUUCGGAAGUAUCUGGAGAUUUAUCAGGAAACUGAUGAAAACCACUGCGGGACCAUUGAUGCCCAUGAGAUGAGGACUGCUCUUAAGAAGGCAGGCUUCACCCUCAGCAGCCAGGUGCAGCAGACCAUUGCCAUGUGGUACGUGAACAGCAAGCUCAGCAUCAACUUUGACAGCUUUAUCGCUUGUAUGAUCUGCCUGGAGGUGCUCUUCAAGAAAUUCAAGCAUCUAGACAAGGAUCAGAAUGGCGCCAUUCAGCUUUCCUUGGCUGAGGAUGUUGUGGACACAAUGGGACAACUCUGCUCAGAUAGCAGCAUGACACAGAGUGUUGUGGACCACAUCGAGGAGACUCUGCUCAGACAGCAGCAGGAGGCAGGCCAUUUUGGACCACAACAGGGCGACUGCAUGGAUCCCAGCAUGAUGCAGGGUAUUGUGGACCACGACAAGAUGACUCUGCUCAGAUCCCAGCAUGAUGCAGGCUGUUGUGGACCACGAUGGGGUGACUCUGUACACAUCACAGCAUGA